AUGGGUCAGCCUACUUCAGAGGACCACUACAUCGGCAUCGAUGUUGGGACGGGCUCGGCGCGAGCCUGCAUUGUCGAUGCAUCCGGCACGAUAAAAGCCAUCGCAUCCGAGGACAUCAAGCUCUGGAAGCCCCAAGUCGGCUACUACCUCCGCGCCUCUCAUCAGGAACAAUCCACAACAAACAUCUGGAACUGCAUCUGCGCCUGCGUCCGCCGCAUCCUCGCAACCUCCGCCAUUGACCCCACAACCGUCAAAGGCAUUGGCUUCGACGCAACUUGCUCCCUAGCAGUCUUCACCCACGACACCGACGCCCCCGUCUCCGUCACGGGGCCCUCAUUCACCAACGCCUCCGGCGAAGACCGCAACGUGAUCCUCUGGCUCGACCACCGCGCCGAGUCCGAAACCGAAACCAUCAACGCCACGGGCCACAACCUCCUGCGCUACGUCGGCGGCACCAUGAACAUCGAGAUGGAGAUGCCCAAGGUUCUCUGGCUCAAGAGGAACAUGCCGCCCGAGCUGUUCUCCCGGUGCAAGUUUUAUGAUUUGGCGGAUGCGCUGACCCAUUUGGCUACGGGGAGGGAGACGAGGAGCUUUUGUAGCGCGGUUUGUAAGCAGGGGUAUGUGCCCGUGGGGGUUGAUGGGAGUGUGAAGGGGUGGCGGGAGGAUUUUUAUGGGGAGAUUGGGUUGGGGGAGUUGGUGGAGGAUGAAUUCCUAAGAGUGGGCGGUGUUGAUAGGGUGAAUGGACAGUUCCUUAGUGCUGGCGAGCUAGUGGGCACGUUGAAUGAAAAGGCGAGCAAGGAGUUGGGUCUUCCUGUCGGCGUUGCCGUCGGAAGCGGCGUCAUCGAUGCUUACGCGGGAUGGAUUGGCACGGUGGGUGUUCAGGUUGACGGUCUUGGAGGCAGUGGAGGAAGCGACUUGGAUCAGGCUUCGGGUCGACUAGCCGCCGUCGCUGGUACAUCAACAUGCCACCUCGUCAUGUCGAGGGAGCCCAUAUUCGUCAACGGCGUCUGGGGACCUUACAGGGACGUCCUCAUUCCGGGCCAGUGGAUGGCCGAGGGCGGACAGUCAGCGACGGGCGAGCUACUCCGCCACGUCGUCGAGACACAUCCCGCAUACAUCACUAAGUCAGGUCUCCCGGAGGGUGGUCUAGGCGACAAGUCCAUCUACGAGUAUCUCAACGAGCACCUCGCGAAGCUAGCAGAGCAGAACAACGCGCCGAGCAUCUCCCAUCUAGCGAGGCACAUCUUCUUCUACGGCGACCUCUGGGGGAACCGCUCGCCCAUCGCGGAUCCGAACAUGAAGGGCGCGCUUAUCGGCAUGAGCAGCGACACGAGCUUGGACAGUCUUGCGCUGCUAUACUACGCCACGAUGGAAUUCAUCGCCAUGCAGACGCGUCACAUCAUCGACACCAUGAACGACGCGGGGCAUUCCAUCUCGAGCAUCUUCAUGUCGGGCGGCCAGUGCCGGAACAAGAUUCUGAUGGACCUGAUCGCUACAGUGUGCGAUAUGCCCGUCGUCAUCCCGGAGUAUAUCGGUGCCGCUGUCGUUCAUGGAGCGGCUAUGCUUGGGGCUAAGGCAGCCGGGGCGGAUGCGGAGGGGAAGACGGAGGACUUGUGGGCCAUUAUGAGGAGGAUGAGCAAGGCCGGGAGCGUGGUGUGGCCGAAGAAAGAUGAGGCGGAGAGGAGAUUGUUUGGGGUGAAGUAUGAGAUCUUUCUGGAGCAGUGUCGGACGCAGAGGGAGUAUAGGAAGAAGGUUGAUGAGGCCAUUGGCAAGUAG